UUCACAAAUUGGAUAGAAUCUCUAUAAAGACUCUUUCUUCUCCUUUCAAUCCAAAAUCCCCUUUUCCUUUUUUUCUUCUUCCCUUUACAAAUACCCUCUUCUUCCUUAAUUUUACUCCAAAAUAAAUUUCUUCUUUUAACUCACAUGAUAGUAUGGAGCUUGGAUUAAGCUUAGGAGAUGCUAACACAAACAAUACAACAAACUCUUCUCCAAAAUCAUUUUUCUUGUCUAAGAAAAAUGUUACUUCUUCUUGUAAUGAUCAUGAGAAGAAAAAAAGUUUAGGGUUUUGCAUGGCUUUAGGAAUUAACUCAUCAAGUGAAAGAGUAGAACAAGAUGAAGAUGAAGAUGAAGAAAAUAAUACUUCUGAAGAAGGCACUAAUAAUACUCUACCAGUUCAGCUUGAUCUUCUCCCUCUUGUUCCUCUUCCUCUUCCUCCUACUAAUAAUCUGCCUCAAUCACUCCAUUGGUCAUCUGAUAAUGGGAGUUCUGAAAAUGUUUCGUCGGGAAACGGUGGUUUGCCGGCGGCGAGAGGUUUCGACGUGAACCGGCUACCGGCGGCGGGUAUGGAUGAAGUUUCAUCUCCAAACAGUGUAGCGUCGUCGUUUCGGAUGGAUUUUGGGCUUUUCAAAAGCUGUGUUAAUAUUAUCGGCGUCGGAAAUAAACGGAACUCGGAAUCCGCCGGCGGCGAACCGGAAAGAGCCAGUGAUGACGAUGAAAAUGGUGCUAAUACUCGCAAAAAACUUAGACUAUCAAAAGAACAAUCAGCUUAUCUUGAAGAAAGCUUCAAAGAACACCAUACUCUAAAUCCUAAGCAAAAGCUGGCACUUGCAAAACAGCUAAGUCUAAGGCCAAGACAAGUUGAAGUCUGGUUUCAGAAUAGAAGAGCAAGGACAAAAUUGAAACAAACAGAAGUGGAUUGUGAGUACUUAAAAAGAUGUUGUGAGACAUUAACCGAUGAAAACAGAAGGCUACACAAAGAACUUCAAGAAUUGAGAGCUUUAAAGACUUCUAAUCCAUUUUACAUGCAACUUCCAGCCACCACACUAACUAUGUGUCCUUCUUGUGAAAGGGUGGCUUCCACCACAACCACCACCUCCGCCGCCACGGCUCCUCCUAUCACCGCCCCUGGAACCACCACCACUACCACUACCACCACUACAACUAACUCAAUUCCCAAAGCAAUUCCAUUUCUUAAUUCUAGACCAAGAUUUUUCCCAUUUACUACUAAUAAUAAUAAUCCAAAUCAUUCCCACCAAUCAGCAGCUUCAUGAAAAAAAAUAUGUGAAUUUUAAUUUUCUCUGAUGUAAAUAUACUAAUCAUUGGUUUGGUUUUUUCUGCCUCA